AAACAAUUACCAAAACACGCAGAUCAUGUUCUUGUUGAAUCUAACGGCCAUUCCACGUGUGAGAUUGCUUCUCUUCCUGGAAUUCCUCCACGUGUUUGUUUGUUUGGCCAUUCCACGUGUUUUUGUUUGUUUCAACCAGUUACCAACUUUCACGCUACUGGCAAUUCCCGGUCAGCAGCGUCCCCGCUUCCAGCACCGAACUUUCUUACAUUCGCAGGUUCAUCCCCACACCCACCACCGCCACCCCAAUCUUCUCUAUUCAAAGAUUUCCGGAUAAAGAAGGGUUCCAAUUUCCUGGAUUAGGGUUUGUGUUUAAAUCGAAAUUUCAUGGAAGUUCCUGCUUCGGCUUCUUCAGAAUCUAACGGUAACAGGCCAAGGAUUCGUUAUUUCAGCUGUAGUUUCUUUAGGCGUUGUUGUCGCUGUUUCUGUUGUUUCUACACAAAUCAUUGAGUUUUGAAAUUCUCAAUUUUUUUAAUUAUUUGUUAUUUGAGGUUUUGAAAUGGAUUUAUCGCAAGCUCAUUCGGGUCUGUCGCUUGGGUUUCACUCGCACUCGUCGUCGAAUCCUAUUCCGUUGCAGUUACUUGACCAGAAGGAGGAGAACCCAGUUGAGAAAGAUGAAAAUCAGGCAGAAGAAGAGGAGAAUUUUAGCAUUUUGGGUCAUCCAAUGUGCAUAAAGAGGCAAAGAGAUGGCCAAGCAUCGUCUUCAUCGUCAUCAUCGCCUAACCCUCCUAAGCGAGUCGCCAAGGAACCGGGACUCGAGUGUCGACGAGCAAUGGUUCGAGGCUGGGGGAACCAAUCACUUCCCGUGGCGGACCCAGAAAUUCAUGAAAUUAUGGAAAAAGAGAAGCAGAGGCAGGUGAAAGGAAUCGAACUUGUAGCAUCGGAGAAUUUUGUUUGCCGUGCAGUGAUGGAAGCUCUCGGUAGCCACUUAACAAAUAAAUACUCGGAGGGACUUCCCGGAGCGAGAUACUACACUGGUAACCAGUAUAUAGACCAAAUUGAAUCGCUAUGUUGCAGUCGGGCAUUGGCGGCCUUUGGGCUUGAUCCUGAUAAAUGGGGCGUUAAUGUGCAGCCAUAUUCAUGUACAUCCGCAAAUUUUGCGGUUUAUACGGGGCUUUUACUACCCGGGGAUCGGAUUAUGGGUUUGGAUUCACCUUCUGGGGGGCAUUUGAGUCAUGGAUAUUAUACGCCGGGAGGAAAAAAGGUGUCUGCUUCCUCGAUUUUCUUCGAGAGUUUGCCUUACAAAGUGAAUCCGCAAACAGGGUAUGUUGAUUAUGAUAAGAUGGAGGAGAAGGCGAUGGAUUUUAGACCCAAGAUACUUAUUUGUGGUGGAAGUUCAUACCCCAGGGAAUGGGAUUACGCUAGGUUUAGGCAAGUUGCAGAUAAGAUUGGAGCAGUGUUGAUGUGUGACAUGGCUCAUAUUAGCGGCAUUGUGGCUGCUAAGGAAUGUACAAGUCCAUUUGAUUAUUGUGAUAUUGUCACUUCUACAACUCACAAAAGUCUUCGAGGUCCCAGGGGAGGAAUUAUUUUUUGUCGGAAAGGGCCAAAAUCAAGGAAGCAAAGCAUGCUUAGUAAUGGUGAUGGUAGUAGCCAUUAUGAUUUUGAAGAAAAGAUAAACUUUGCAGUUCAUCCAUCGUUACAAGGUGGCCCUCACAAUAAUCACAUUGCUGCUCUUGCCAUAGCCUUAAAACAAGUAGCUACUCCAGAGUACAAAGCAUACAUGCAACAAGUGAAGAAAAAUGCCCAGGCAUUAGCAUCUGCCUUGUUGAGAAGAAAAUGCAGAUUGGUGACUGGGGGUACUGAUAAUCAUUUGUUGCUCUGGGAUCUAACUACUCUAGGCUUGGCAGGCAAGAACUAUGAGAAAGUAUGUGAAAUGUGCCACAUCACUCUAAAUAAGUGUGCUAUCUUUGGUGACAAUGGUGCUAUAUGUCUUAGUGGAGUGAGAAUCGGGGCUCCUGCUAUGACAUCAAGAGGCUGUUUAGAGGGUGAUUUUGAAACUAUUGCGGACUUUCUUCUGAGGGCAGCUCAAAUAACCUGUGCAAUACAGAGGGAACAUGGGAAGUUCCAGAGAGAUUUUCUCAAGGGUCUUCCAAACAAUAGAGAUAUUGUUGAGCUCCAAAACCAGGUUGAGACAUUUUCUUCCCAGUUUGCAAUGCCAGGGUUCGACUUUUGAAUGUGUAAAGAGGACAACUUGAAUGCAUCCUUAGGUGGCUUCCCGCUAUCUGUUUGGUAAACUGCCCCAUUUUUCCCCAUAAUAUAUUUUUCAUUCAUCUCAUGUAAAUUACAAAUAUAGGUGAAUCUUCUGGAUUCAUGGAGAGAAUAUAGCAUUAUCAAUUUUUGAACUGUAUUUUCCUGAUUUUGUAAAGCUUACAAGAAUAAGUAAAAAUGGCUAUAUCUGUUAGGGAGUAAGUAAUGGCUAUAUCUGUUAGGCAAUAAAAUAUUCUAUAGAAAUUCGAUAGAUAUUUAAUUACAUUAUGUCCUAUCAAAUGUACCCUUUGUGAAGGCACAACUAUAUGUUUCUUUAAGCUCUUGUGCUCGUUCCACAUCCUA